AUGGCGGAAGAGAGUGGUGAAGAGUACCUGUUCAAGAUAGUGGUGAUCGGCGAUUCCGCUGUGGGGAAAUCGAAUUUGCUGUCGCGGUUUACUCGAGACGAGUUCGACCACAACUCCAAGGCCACGAUCGGAGUGGAGUUUCAGACGCAGGUGCUGAAGGUCGACGGCAAGGAGGUCAAAGCGCAGGUCUGGGAUACCGCCGGCCAGGAGCGAUUCCGCACCGUCACCUCCGCCUAUUACCGCGGCGCCGUCGGAGCUCUCGUCGUCUACGAUAUUACUCGGAGGAUUACUCUCGAUAGCGUCAAGCGUUGGCUUGAUGAGCUCAAUAGUAUUAUAGUAAUAUCUCUUUCUCUGUCUUCUCAAUUGAAUCUGGUUAGAAUUCCAGUAGAAUUUCAGAAGAAGAAAAGGAGACUGUUGAAGCUUUAUCAAUUUGCUCAGUUGGAUUCAUUUUUUUAGCAUA